AUGGCGACGACCUUGACUGACCAGAAGCGCCCUCAAUUACAGCCCGUGUGCCAGAAUUGUGGUACCUCCACCACGCCCUUGUGGCGCCGGGAUGAACUCGGUUCGGUCCUCUGCAACGCCUGUGGCUUAUUCCUGAAGCUCCACGGAAGACCCCGUCCGAUAAGCUUGAAAACCGAUGUGAUCAAAAGUCGCAAUAGGGUCAAGACCGCGGGUCAGGGCCCUAAGCGUAAGUCCAGCAGUGCCGUUGAUGCAAAUGGACUCUCCACGUCCAGAUCAGAGGCCGGUACUCCCCCACUUGGAUCUCAUGGAUAUCGUCGCGCGUCGCGGAAGAUGUCACCCGGCCAUUCGGAUCGCUCAAACUCACCAGUCUCCCGAACAGAAACGCCUGGUCUUCCCCCGAUGCAGCAGCAGCAGCUCCCACUGCAGCAUAACUCUAACAUCGCGCCGCAGCACAUGUUCGACAGCGUUACCCUGGGAGAUCACGGCCUGACGAAUGGGCUGUCGUCUGGGCAACUUCGCCAGCAGUCCCCCACCUCGACCUCUGCGGCCGUGGACCGCCAUAACGAGUCUCCUCAAACGAUCGAGGGGCUCUUGGCCGCAAACACAUCGUUGAAGACCCGCGUGCGAGAAUUGGAGUUUGUCAAUGACCUUUUUAGGGGCCGAGUAACGGAACUCGAACAGAGCGACGCUGCUGCGCGUCGGUCCGAGAUGAUCGCCCGCGACUCGGAAUCGCGCCUUAAACGAGCCCUCGAGGAAGCGCAACGGCGCGAAGAAGAUCUUAAGCGUCGGGUGUCUGAACUGGAACGUCAUGUCGGUGAAGCCAGUAAUAGCAACCCCGAAGGAGAUGAAAGCCCUGGUGAGCCCAUGGCGAAACGAAUGAGGCUGUCUGAUGUGGUAGAUCAACCCUCCACUUCUCCUACCAGAUCGCCAAAGAGCGUCUAA